AUGAGGCGGCCAACUCUCUACAUUAAAAGCACAGAGCAGCAACACGUAAAUAAUGAAGCUACACAAAAAACACUACUAGGUAGGGCACACGGUGAAACACACUGGAAGCAAGAUAAAAUGACAAUUGAACUUAGAAAAUACUGUUGGGAAACAAAAACAGAGGAUAUAAGAAAUUGGAUCGAUUCGUGUGAACACUGUCGUAACGAGGAGAUAAAGAAACGAUUCCGAGCGCCAGGCACACUCAUUGAAGCACCCUCAGAUAUCAACGAAAUCUGGUACAUAGACCAUGCGCAACCAAAGAAAUAUUUAUAUUUAUUUGUAAUCGAAGCACUAUCAAGAUAUGUAAAGGUCAUAAUUCUAAAUAGUUUCGAUGAAACCACAGAUGCCCUUAAAAACCUAUUCUGUGAAUUGGGGACGCCUAAAAAAAUAAUAUCCGAUAACGGCUCAACAUUUCAUUCAAAGUCAUUUCAAAAGCUAUUAGAACAAUAUGGAGUAAGCCACUAUCCAGUUACGCCUCUACACCCUCAAUCGAAUGGAAUUUGCGAGAGAGUUAUUGGCACACUCAAAAAUAAAGUUACUCGAGCGCUAGAAAACACCCGAUCACAUAUACCUACAGUAAUGAGCUACAACAAUACAAUACACCCAAGCACAGGAUUUUCACCUUACGAACUCUUUUAUGCCCGUGCACCACGUGAAAUGAUAACCGGUCCUCUGCUACGAGAUAUUAUCGAAGGGAAAUUCCACAAAGCCAAUCGAGAUAAAAUCACCGCAAAAGUAAAGAUCGAUAAAAGUAAACAGAGAAAUAAAAAAUUAGUGGACUCACGACAAGCAUUAAAAUUUAAACCAGAAUUACAGCAACAAGUGAUGUUCAAGUUAGGGAACGAAUAUCAAGGGCCGGGAACAAUACUUACAAUAAAUCGAAAUGCUAAUACCAGACAGAUAUUAUAUAAUAAUGCUUUAUUUAGACGACAUUUCAAUCAAUUAAAGCCAUUGCCUGACGUUUUUAUUUCAAAUGAGGGAACUCUUAGUGCUACUCAACAUAUUCAUUAA